CUUUCCAGUGCACCUCUGAUCAAUUCUACUUUGACGUUGUCACCAUCGGUCUCGACAGCGAGCUCGACAUUUCUUAACUGUUUGUUUAUUUUGCUUUAAAACUGAUCUCAUGCUUUCAUAACUUUGAAAUCGUGUUCGAUUGCUGUCAUCUGGAGUAAUCCAACAUUCAUCGAUAAACCCACAAAACAGAAAUUUGUUAAGGUGUCACUCUCCAUAAAUUCCAUAACUCAAUAACUCACACGGCCUGCAAGUCGCAGCAUGAUGGAUGAAGAUGACGAAGACUCUCUCUUUGGCUCUCCGCCCCCAUCUUCAGUUAGAGGUAGGUCACCGGCGUCUCCUGCUCAAGCAGCCCAAGAGAGGGGCACAGGCAUAACACAAAAUGUGGGGGCCAUUGCACUUCCUGGUUCCCAUAUGUCAUGUUCUGAACUACCAGCCGACCUACUAGCCUUGCCGUUCGGCGGCUUUAGCACUCGCGAGCUUCCCUCGCAUGCGGUGCUAGUGCAAAACACCUUACAAGCGCACCUGACGCAAUCGCCUCGUGUUGCCUCAUCGGUACCUUUGUCGACAUCUCGCCCCUCUUCUAGGGCCAUGGGAAAACGGAAAACGACAAAAUCGCAAGCAGCAACGCCCCGUCCUGCACCCCCGCCUAUACCGUUACCUGGCCCAAAUGAACCACUACCUUUCAAUUUCUUGCGAAACCAGGAAGCGUUAUUAGGCAUAGCUGGCCUCGUCGGAAACGUGAAACCCAUCAGCCUUCCACAACAAACAGUCCGCGGGUCUACGCCUUCUAACCCUAUCAUUAUUGAGGAAUCUGAUCCAACGCGCCUGCCUCAUGUCGAUCUUAAUCAGUUCACUGCAGAAGAUGCUAUCACCUCCCUCAUCAGACAGAAAAAUAUAUAUCCCGUGUUAUCAAGCAUCGUGAAACUCCUAGGCAACUCUCCAGCUGCAUCCACACAACCACCAUCUACUUAUGAUCGUGCAUCUUCGCGCCCAUGCAGUGAGCCAGCAACGACUGCUCCACCCCCACUGAAGCGUCGCAAACUCACAAGCGUCCCUGCUGGUGCAGUGGAGUGGGACGUGCCUUACCCAUUUCCUGAAGGUGAGGGCCCUGAGGCAUAUCACGCUACAUGGGAGCGGGAGCGUGUGAGGCAUUUAAUUUCGCAGCUUGUGGAGUCGAUCAAGGCUGCCUCUGAGCCAUCUCCGCUUGAUGUCGAUCAGGUACCACCAUCUUCUUCGCAGUCAUCCUUGCGUGCCUCUGAACCCUCCAGGCGCACAUUGUCACCAUCUCUUGUAUCACCUACAACUACCAAUACCUUUCAGCAUAUAAUUCCCGACAGCACCAUUGAUCCUGCACUUCUUGCUAUUUCCGUUCCACCAUCAAUCACAUACAAUGCAUUUUCUCCGGUUCCAGCACUCGUUCAUUCUCCAAUCACAUCUACUGAUUCGUCUGAUGGGGCUCUCACCCCACCUGCAUAUAAUGACCAAGAUUCAGUGACUGCUGCCAAAAUGUUGUUGCAGUUCGCUGCAAAACCUACUGUACCUCCGCCUACUCCUUCACACAUAGACCUUUCACCGGCGGUACUUACGCCAUACCCUCAAACUGCUCCAUCUCAUUUCUCGUCAUUGGCACAGCCAGUCUCCCCUCAAAUACCUCGCGCGCUGUCGGUCCAAUCCACGCAUAAAUCGACUCCUGUCGUUCCUCGGGGCGCCGGCUUCAAGGCGGUUCAUAAAGAAGACAUCCUCCAGCGCGCAAGGGAACGUCGCCGACAGAUUGUUGGAGAGAUAGAGCGGGCAAAAGUGGAGUUAUGGGAGACGAGUAUUGAGGGAGGGGUGUUGGGACAUCUGAUGAAGGAUCCAACGCUGUCUUAAUACAGUUUACUUACGAGAUUCAGUGUGUAUCGCAUGCAGUAGUAGCUCAAUCCGUUCCUCGAGCCAUGUAUUCAUGCUAUAUAACUCCCGCUACGCGCCGCUCCU